CUGGUCAUUUGUCGUUUCCGCCGGUAGAAAGAGUCGUGGGACCGAGCUCUGCACUUGUUGCCACGUCGGAGCGAUCGGUGGACCCGGUUAAUUCAUUUCCAGUCUAAUAAUUUUAUAGAUUUCUGGAGGUCGUUGCUGGUUUUUCCGCAGACAUGGUUUCUGUUAUUAACACAGUGGACACCUCCCACGAGGACAUGAUCCACGACGCACAGAUGGACUAUUAUGGAACUCGACUCGCCACCUGCUCCUCUGAUCGCACCGUAAAGAUCUUCGAUGUCAGAAAUGGAGGUCAGAUACUGGUCGCAGACCUCAGAGGCCAUGAAGGUCCUGUGUGGCAGGUAGCGUGGGCUCACCCGAUGUUCGGCAACAUCCUGGCCUCCUGUUCCUACGACCGUAAAGUCAUCAUCUGGAAGGAGGAGAACGGAGCCUGGGACAAGAUGUACGAGUACACGGGACACGAGUCGUCAGGUCGGUAGAUCUCUGUGCGUGCAGUCUGCUGGGGUCCCUAUGACUUCGGUCUGAUCUUGGCCUGCGGCAGCUCAGACGGAGCCAUUUCCCUCCUCACGUUUACCGGUGAUCAGCAGUGGGACGUCAAGAAGAUCAGCAACGCACACACCAUCGGCUGUAACGCAGUGAGCUGGGCUCCCGCCGUGGUUCCAGGCAGCCUGAUCGAUCAGCCGUCAGGACAGAAACCAAACUACGUCAAACGCUUCGUCUCCGGCGGCUGCGACAACCUCGUCAAACUCUGGAAAGAGGAGGACGGUCAGUGGAAGGAGGAUCAGAAACUGGAAGCUCACAGUGAUUGGGUGAGAGAUGUCGGCUGGGCUCCGUCCAUCGGUCUCCCCACCAGCACCAUCGCCAGCUGCUCCCAGGACGGACGUGUGUUUAUCUGGACGUGUGACGACCCGGCCGGUAACACCUGGACGGCCAAACUGCUCCAUAAGUUCAACGAUGUUGUUUGGCACGUCAGCUGGUCCAUCACUGGAAACAUCCUGGCUGUGUCUGGAGGAGACAACAAGGUGACGCUGUGGAAGGAGUCGAUGGACGGUCAGUGGGCCUGUAUCAGCGACGUCAGCAAAGGCCAGGGCGCCGUCUCCACCAUCACAGACACACAGCAGAUCGAGCAGUGACACACAAACACACACAUAUAUAACAAAGAGCCCUGACCUGACCAGGAUGACCCCAGUGUUCAAAGAUGAUUAAUCGUUAAUAAAGAUGUUGGACGUUUGAAGAGACAACAGAGCGUUGGUUUGUAAUCUGCUGUUUUUUUAGGCUUCAGCGUCUCUUCACCUUGUUUCUAAAACUUUAUCAGAAAGGAGAGAAACUUUCACCUGAACAACGUUUGGUUUCUUUUUUCCUUUUUGAUGAUGUUUCUAAAAACAAACAUGACUGAUGAUAAAUUACAUGAACAUUUUUAUCAGACGCACUCCUCUGUUUCUGUUUUAGUUUGGUCCCAGAGUUUUUUCACUUGUACAUUAACGCUCCCUCCAUCCCAUCCUAUCCCAUGAUCCUCUGCUCCUCAAACAUUCCACCUCCAUCAGCGGAGAACAAAACUACCGGGAUGAUCCCAGCAUCCUCGGCAGCAACUGUCCCUUCACUCUCAUUAUUUUUAGCUGCUGGUUAAACCAAAACACUUCACGAAUAAUGAAUAAAUAAAAUAUUUAGUGAACUGUUGACAUGUACCAGAGGUCAGCCGGUGUUUCCAAAUCCAGAACCUGCCUUAAUUAAUAAGCCACUACGUUGCUACGACAACCAUGAAUGGGGCUUAAUUGUAAACUGUUCCCCUCCAGUUGUGAAAUCAGAAACCAUGAAUGUUUUGUUCUUUCAUAUUUGAUGUAAUUAAAUAACUUUAAUGUUCUAACAA